AUGAUAUCACAGACAAUACGUCGUGAAAUCGGUUGCAAGCAUACAAGACAAAAUUUGCAUCAUAAACUUGUGACACAAGUAGGCGCAGAAGACAAAAUGAGUUCAUCAUGGAAUACAUGUGCCAAUUGUGGUGAAUCUGGUCAUAGUGCAGAACAUUGCAUCAAGGGUUUUUCUCGACAAACGAACGCAGGAUCAAUUACAUGUGAUAAUUGCGGUGAUGUAAGAUUUAAUGAAUUUGUCGCCUUGUUUUAUUUAAUUUUAAAUUGUUAUUUUAUUUUUUUU